CAACAAAAGACGAACGAAACGGAAGGUUCCUUAUCAGCUGAUUAAUUAGCCACUUGGUGUAAAAAAACACAGUCAAUUGAUUAGAUAAGAAAUUGGAAGGUUUUAGAAGAGUUUAGCUCAAUAACUGUUUUAUUGAGAGUCGAAUUUUGAGUUUUGGUGAUUGUUGACUGGAAAUUUUGUGUGAUUUAUUGUUGCUGAAUAUUUAUUGGAAAUUGAGGAUUUUAGGAAUUCUAGGAAUUUGACAAAAAUGGAUCAGAAUAAAGCUAGAGACAUGCCAAAACCGGUGCCGUUUAUCAUAUUUUAUGCACUGUUUGAGAGAUACAGCUCUAUGGGUGUUGCAGCAAUCCUCGCAAUCUUCCUGAACACAAAACUCGGCCUCAGUGAACAUGCAUCGACAGCAAUUUAUCACUAUUUCUAUUUUGCUUCUUAUUUUUUUGGCAUAAUCGGAGCGAUAAUCGCAGACAAUUGGCUUGGUCGAUUUAGGACUUUGUUCUUUGGAAUGUCAAUACUUGGUGGACUUGGGAACUUGUUGCUUGCUGUUGGAACGAUUGCUUAUUUAAGCUAUUUGAUUAACUCAUUCACAACAGUCGCCCUCCUUCUCAUCAGUUUCGGUAUCGGAUGUCUCGAACCAAACCUUCCAGCCUAUAGUGGAGAUCAAUACCGUCUACCACUUGAAGAACGAGGCUUUGCUCUGUGCAUUGGACUUCUGUUCAUCAUGCAGAAUGCAGCUCGAGUUGUUGCCAUGAUUGUCGGACCUGUUUUGAGAUCAAGAACGAAAUGCUUUGGUGCUGAUGACUGUUAUCCUUUAAUCUUUGGAAUAUUUGUUGCUGCAAAGUUCUUUGCUAUCAUGUUGCUUACUUUUGGGAGGAAAUAUGCAGUUGUGGUCACGCCUAGUGGAAAUAUGUUUACGAAAGUCUUAGGAUGUGUUUGGUUCGGCUUAAAAGGUAAAUUCAGCUCAACUGACAACAGAAGCUACAACCACUGGCUUGAUAGAUCCGAGAAAAAAUAUGGCAAACGCAUUGUUGCAGAUACCAAGCGAGUUCUCCACGUCUUAGCUCUCCUUCCUCCACUAGUCAUUACAGCAUCACUUUACUUCCAACAAGCUUCACGUUGGGUCUUUCAGUCACGUCAAAUGGACGGUCAAAUUGGAAGCUUCAACAUAAAACCUGAUCAGGUUCCAUUAGUUAAUGCACUGUCUGUUGUAGUCUUUGUGCCACUUUGUGAAUAUGUCUUUAAUCCAUUGCUCAGCAAAAUUGGAAUCAAAACUAAUCUUCAUCGAGUCAUUCUUGGUGGCUUCCUGUCAGCCACAGCAUUCUUAAUUGCUGCUCUUGUGCAGUUCCAAGUUGAUCAGAGACAAUUGCAUAUGGUUUGGCAGAUCCCACAGCACAUGGUGCUUGCAUUAGGAGAAGUACUCGUUUAUGUUCAGAUCUUACAGUUUGCAUACACACAAGCACCAAAGGAGAUGAAGUCAGUGCUGCAAGCAUUCUUUUCAAUGAUCAUCGGAGGUGGAAACUUGAUCGUUGCCCUUAUCGCAUCAACAAGGCUGUUUGAAUCAAUGGCUUAUGAGUAUCUGAUGUUUGCAGGCAUUGUGUACAUUGCUAUGAUAAUAUUUGCUGUACUAGCUGCAAGAUAUGAGUAUGUUGAUGUCGAGGAACUAGAAAAAUUGGACAAAAUGGCAGAAUAUGAUGGAUUUGAAGCUGUUGAUGAGUCGUCAGCAUUGAAUAAUCCACAGAAAGUAAAGAAAGUUGAGAAUGUUAUGAAAUCUUAUGAGAUGAGAGCAAUUCAUUGAGGAUUUAGAGGUUAGGUUUAAGGAACCUGUAAAAUAGAAUUUUAUAAGUUGAAAUAAAAAUUGAUUUUAUUUGAAUUAUUAUUAAUUUUUUUUUGGUAAAACAUUCGAA